GACUCUGCUGCGACAGUGGUUUAGCGAAGUGAAGGCUAAACCACAGAAACCGCUAACAGAGUUGAGCUACGUGCAGUUGGACUGGUGAACGUAGAGCAGAACCUGGUGAAAAUGGGCUCCGAGGUGUUCUCGUAUGAGAGUUUGGUUCAUGCUGUGUCUGGAGCUGUGGGGAGUGUGACUGCAAUGACAGUGUUCUUCCCCCUUGAUUCUGCCAGACUACGGCUUCAAGUGGAUGAAAAUCGGAAGGCCAGGUCAACUCCAGCCAUUCUGGCAGAAAUUAUCGAGGAAGAAGGACUUCUAGCUCCUUACAGAGGUUGGUUCCCCGUCAUCUGUAGCCUGUGCUGCUCCAACUUUGUCUACUUCUACUGCUUCCACAGCCUAAAGGCGAGUUGGCUGAAGGGAAAACAGUCAGUACCCAGUACUGACUUAAUCAUAGGCAUCGCUGCAGGUAUUGUGAAUGUUCUAGUUACCACACCGUUGUGGGUGGUGAACACCAGACUGAAGCUUCAGGGUUCCAAGUUUCGCAAUGCAGCGAUCCACACAACCAACUACUCUGGCAUUCGGGAUGCUUUUGUGCAGAUACUACGUGAUGAGGGUGUGGGAGCUCUGUGGAAUGGGACCGUCCCGUCCCUGCUGCUGGUGCUGAACCCUGCCAUCCAGUUCAUGAUUUAUGAGGGUCUGAAGAGGCAGCUGAGAAGAGGAGUUCCCAGGGAGUUGUCAUCUGCUGAAGUCUUCAUCAUUGGUGCUGUGGCUAAAGCAGUGGCAACCACUGUAACAUAUCCAUUGCAGACCAUACAGUCAAUUCUCAGGUUUGGACAAUCCAACAUACCAAGAGACGAGUCAAAAUUACUGUCAAGUCUAAAGACUAUCAGGCGUCUACUUGCCAGUAGACUGAGGAUGUAUGGCGUACUGGGUCUGUUUAAAGGGCUGGAGGCCAAGCUGCUGCAGACGGUACUGACUGCAGCCCUCAUGUUUCUUCUUUACGAGAAGAUUGUCAGCUGUACCUUCAGUGUCAUGGGACUGAGCAACAACUACAACAAGAAACGCUAGCAAGAGACUUAACAGCCAUGGACACUAUGGACUGUAUUUAAGCACUGAGGAACUGCAUAAGUCAUUACUUAUACGCGGUACGUCAUGAAACGUACAUCCUGGAAAUGAACACUGGUCAUUGUCAUCGUAAUAGGAUUUACUAAACAGACUGUUCCGGUUCAGUGUUCAAGUAUUCACAUUUGUCUUCCUGGGACCUGUUUUUUUUUCACAUUUAGCUAUGUUUAGGUGUGUUUAUAUUCACGUCACAUUGUGUGUAUGAAUGCAGUCUUUCUGGUCACCAUUCCUUUUGUCCACUCUAAAUUAUAAUCUAAUCAGAUAUAGUAGUGCAGACAAUUAAAGUUAAUGAUUUUAUGACAGUGGUGAGUGGAUCACAUCAGAAGCUGUGACCUAAUCUGUUUCACAGAGAAAGCACUAAUAAUACUUGUAUUACUGUAGAAAUGCUGUAUACAUCAAACCAUCUUCAGAAUUACUAAACUUUAAGUGUAAUCCAAAUUUAUGGCUGCAGCAUUUCAAAAAAAAUGCUGGCUUUUGAUCAAUAUUUAGUAAAUAUUAAUAUUGAACAAUGUGGCUGGUAAUAUAAUCUAUGUAAAUAUAUUACCAGCCACAUUGUUCAAAUCCAAUUCAUUGAAGGUUCCCAUUCUUAACUACAUGUGUCUUGAAUUGGAACAUGCCUGUUCUCAAGUGUCACACGUGUACAAAAACCUUUUUCCACUUGUUAUUGGGCUGGGAGAUAAGUAUGGAAAGAUGUACCUUUUAUUGAUUGAAUAAAUUCAGGGAUGGAGCUAUCAUUGAGAA